UGUGGGCGCCGGGCGGCCGCCAUGGCGGAUCCCCGCGACGCCAUCCUGGACGCGCUGGAGAACCUGACGGCCGACGAGCUCAGGAAGUUCAAGCUGAAGCUGCAGUCGGUGCCGCUGCCCGCGGGCUUCGGGCGCAUCCCGCGGGGGGCGCUGCAGCCCAUGGACGCCGUGGACCUCACCGACAAGCUCGUCAGCUUCUACACGGCGCGGCGCGGCGCCGAGCUCACGGCGCAGGUGCUGCGGGACAUGGGGCUGCGGGAGCUGGCGGAGCAGCUGGGGGGCGCCGUGCACCCGGGCCCCGCAGACGCCGCCGCCGCAGCGCCCGCCGCCCUCGGGGCGCCUCCCCGCACGGCAGCCGCGCCAGGACCGCACUUCGUGGACAAGCACCGCGCCGCCCUCAUCGCGCGGGUGACCUGCGUGGACGCGGUGCUGGAUGCCCUGUACGGGCAGGUGCUGUCGGACGGGCAGUACCAGGAGGUGCGGGCAGCCAGCACCAGCCAGGAGAAAAUGCGGACGCUCUUCAGCUUCUCACCGGCCUGGAACCGCGCCUGCAAGGACCUGCUGCUCCAGGCGCUGCGGGAAGCACAGCCCUACCUGCUGGAGGAUCUGGAGUGCCAAUGAGGCCCUUCCCCGCCUCCCGGCAUUCUGGGUCUCUCCUUGGUUUUUUACAUACAAAAUAUAUUUUUUAAACCAA